AUGGCAUUGAAACCUCUUGUUCUCGUCGUCGGCGCUAGCGGUAAUACGGGUAAAUCAGUCAUCCCCGCUCUGCUCGAGAGUGGCAACUUUAGAGUUGCCGCCACUUCGCGACCGUCCUCUCUCUCCAAGCCGGACGUGAACGAGCUCCGCGCGAAGGGAGUCGAGAUCCGCCCUGCAGAGAUCGGUUCAGACAGCGUGGAACAGCUGAAAACCGUGCUCACAGGAGUAGACAUCUUGCUCAGCGUCGUCCAUUUCGACGUGGUCCUCGCGCAGAAAUCUUUGUUCGCUGCUGCCAAGGAGGCGGGCGUUAAGCGCGUCAUACCAUGCGACUUCGCCACGCCGGGCGCAAAGGGAGCUCGCCAGCUUCAUGAUGAGAAACUUGCGGUCCGCGACUACAUCAAAGAACUCGGCGUUGGGUACACAUUCAUCGAUGUGGGCUGGUGGAUGCAGCUCAGCACAUCGGCGGGCACCCACUCGCCAUCAAUGUUGGGACCCGCAUCCUACGAGAUCUACGGCACCGGCGACAAGAAGCUGCUGUUGACCGAUCUCAAUAACAUCGGGAAGUUUGUCGCGAGGAUCCUUGCAGACGAGAGGACACUGAACCAAUAUGUCAUCGUCUGGGAAGAUGAACUGACAUGGCUGGAGGUGAAGGCUAUCUGUGAGCAGCAAUCUGGCGAGGAAGAUCUGCUGAGAUCGAAGCGCACCACUUUAUCAUACGAGGAGCUGAAGCAGCGCGCUGCACAUUCAAAGGAAGAAUACCUGCGGUCGCCGAACUUCCUCGCGCACAUAGGAUGGGUAAGCUCAGAGUACGCCAUCAGCAUGCACAUUCUUGGGGAGAAUUCUUUGGAAAACGCGAAAGCGCUAGGAGCGCUGGAUGCCCGCGAGUUGUAUCCGGACAUUGUGCCGGUCAAGUUUGUUGACUUUGCGAAGAAGUUUUAUCACAAGCAGUAG